UGACAAGCGCAAGAAACAGUGAUAGAGAUCCGAGAAGAACUCGGUGUCUGUGAAAAAGCCGUAAAUAUUUAAAUUCCGCCGGAGAAAGAACCUUUCUGGGACGGUUUAUCAAUCAUUCCGGAGGUGGAAACAGCACCAGAUAAAAUAAAGUGACAUCAAAGCGGAAGUAGAACCGUAGGAACGUGCUUAAACUUUGCCCAAUAGUUGAUGCGUUGAUGCUAAUUCAGAACACAGAGGCUUUCGAUAUUGGGAGAAAGAAGCUGCAGGACCAGUUUUUCCUCUGACAAAAAGUAUCAAUCAGCUAAGCCAGAUUUCUGACUGAUAAGUCCGAGAGCGAAGAGGUGACGAGUGCGACGAAGGGCUGGAAUUUACAAAAUUGGGACAGCAUUGGACUUUGAGUUUGAGAGGUGGCGACAAGCUGUUCAAACAGAAAGCGAAAGUGAUUACAUAUAAGAUUUUUGUAAAGGAUUGGAAAUGGAGAAUAGUUCGUUGGAUAGCAGUUACACCAAUGCCGACGGUAGUAGGGCCAACGAUGAGCAGCAGGACAAGUGCAAAAGGAAUGGUGCGGCACCGCUGAUGAAGAUCAAAACGUACCUCUCGGCGCUGAGGCCCUGGUCCCUGUCGGCCAGUUUGGUACCGACACUACUCGGAGCUGCGAUCGCCUACCGAACGAUUGGCUUCCAGGAGUUCAACUUUCUAACGUUUCUUUUUACCAUCUUCACCGUCGUUACGGUACACUGCGCCGGUAAUGUCGUGAAUACGUACUUCGACUUUGUUAAGGGAAUCGACAACCGCAAAUCGGACGACCGAACGCUGGUGGAUCACAUCCUGAGUAAGGAUGAGGUCGUUACCUUAGGAGCUCUGCUUUACUGCGCUGGCUGCUUUGGCUUUAUCUUCUUGGUUUAUCUAUCGCCAGCAAAGUUGGAACAUUUGGCUUUGGUGUACUUUGGUGGUUUAUCUUCCAGUUUCUUGUACACUGGUGGUAUUGGACUGAAAUACAUUGCCCUUGGUGAUGUGUUAAUUUUGAUCAUCUUUGGACCGAUUUCGGUCUUAUUCGCCUAUAUGGCCCAAACCGGGCAUGUAGAAUGGAUGACCAUCUACUACGCUAUUCCGCUGGCAUUGAAUACGGAAGCCAUUUUGCACAGUAAUAACACUCGUGAUGCUGAAUCCGACAAGAAAGUAGGAAUCGUCACGCUGGCUAUCCUGAUAGGGAGAACGGCCUCCUAUAUCCUGUAUGCACUGCUAUUGUUCACGCCGUAUGUGAUGUUUGUGGUGCUGGGGGUGAAGUAUUCCGGUGCGUUCCUGCUGCCUAUGGUCACUCUUCCGCAGGCGUUUAAAAUUGAGAAACAGUUUCGUAAUGAAGCUACCCUUCACGGAGUGCCCAGGCAAACGGCUAAGCUGAAUCUGUUCUUCGGGAUCCUGUACGUUGUGGCUUGCUUCUGCGCUUCACAGUUACCGUUCAUCACAAGAAAAUAGGAUAGGUUUUAAAUGUCCGGUGUGAGAAGAUCUGAGAUCACCGCUGUCGUCGUACUUAUAGAAUAUUCGAUACGUCACACUCGCAGCGAUUAUCGGCCGGUUGGUAGCUUGCGUGGUUCCACGAGGGUUUAUGUAUGCAUGCUGACAUAACCCAGUCAAUUACACACAAACAAGAAAAAUUCGCUGGUUGCAAAUUGACUUCGUUCUCUAUCGACACAAGUCUUACUUAUUGCAUGACUUGUUUGAAACUCUAUUAGCAAAAAUACUUUCAAAGACUUAUUUUUCAAAUAUUUUUGAAACAAUUAUUUAAUUCUGAAAUAUUUUACUUAAAUUACUAUACUAACACACUGGAUACUGUUACUUAUUCACGCUUCUGAAAAAUUUAUUUAUUGUUACCGCAACUUCAGACGACCGAGAAUCGCUGCCCGCAAAACAAAUCUGUACUGAACAAAUGCGCCCAUUUGUGAAACCGAUUCCGAUUCAGUUUCGUUUACUCAAGACUGUUUUUACCAUACUGUUCUCCUAAUACUGAUCUACCGCAGCGGUAGGCUGGUUGUGUUGAAUUUUCUUGGCAAAUGGGGUGGCAUGGGAUGUCGAACGAUGCUGACUGUUGGUCAAUUGGCUUGAACACAUUUUUGGGGAGUUGUGUCGAUUUGAUGCUUCGGAAAAAUCACAUGCAGUUUGUGCCCCGGACCAGCUCUGCGAUUUUUUAUUCACUUCUACUGGAUGAAUUUACUGACACUGACGAUAACUUCUGUCAAUGAUAAUACUUUACCAUAGUUUCCUUAUUGUCAAUUCAUUAUGAUCCAUGGAAUCGAAAAUAUUUUAAUAUCAUUAAUGCACGACACGCGCAAGGCGCAACACAACACAAUAACAAUACAUUUGUUAGUCAGAACAAUAUGAUUUCAGAGCUACUCCUCAAACUUAAAAAUAGUUAAAGCUAAUAAUAAUCCAUAUAGUGGAAAUGGCUCUAAUGUUGUCCUAUGGAUCUAAAGAUUGGGCCCAUCGAUAAAAAUCUCCUGUUCUUCAAUUUAUCUUAGAACAAUGCGUUAUCUGGACAAUACAAAUGGAUAUUUUUCCUUUACAAUUUAUGUAUGGGAUCAAUGUUAGGGACAGCUAGGCCGACAUUUAGGACAUCAAUAUUUAACAAACACGAUUAAGAUCAGUCAACAUCGUUCUAGUCCGUGUGCCCAAAAUCGACACAACAGUAGAUGCGCACUAGUUAUUAAUAAUUUAUUCUUACGACAAGUUAAACUAUUUUCAAUGUUUUAUAGAUUACAUAUCCUGUGCCUAGUUGUUGAUUAGUCUAUAAAUGAAUCGUAAUCGGUUGUUUUCAGGGCAUUUUAGAUUGAAUGAUGGAGUAUUUCGCUACUACUGCCUGAUCUACUUCUUAGAAUCGGUUUAUUCCUUUCCCAGAACACAUUACAAAAUCAGAGGGUCAGACGGUCAUCGCCGAAUACACACCUUAUAUAGACAACAAUUCCUAGUUUGAAUAAACCCGAGCGUGAAAGCACCCCCUACUGAGGGAUAAAUAGCGUGGGAUUGCGUCUAAGUGCAUGUCGAAUAUACGUACCUACGUUGAAAAUCCAAUGUUCUCUCUAGCACACUUUACCUUUAUUAGAGAAUCUCUUGCCAAAAUUGUUGUUUGGAAAGCAAAACAGUUUAGUACAUCAGGAACGCUCGCAUAGCAUAAACCACGUUGAUAUUUUGUUAUUCGAAUGUUGUUUAAAUACUCUUUGCUUCCAGUUUUUGUUUGUUUUAUUAAGACUGUUCCAAUAAGGGAGGUGCUGCCUCUGAAUGCUCGGGUUGCAACUACAUAUCAAAUACCGGAACAUAUUUGAUCACUAGAACCAUUUAAACCAAAAGUGAAACCCCACCCGAACGACAACAAAAAGAACAAAAAAAAAAUCAAACAAAAUGAAUGAUCGUACUUAAAAUUAACAAUUAAGGAACUUCCUCUGUAUCAUUAUUAUAUGAUUAAUUGCCAUUGGAUUGGUAAGCUGGAACUGAAAUGGUAAAAAUUCCAGUUUGUAUUAGACUCGAACGAAAUUGAUACCAGUGCUACUUUAUUGUGCUGGAAUGAAUGGGACUUAGGGAAGUGAGCGACAAUAAUUAGCUAUACUAAGUAAUAUAAAAAUAUAUCGAGAUCCACCAGUAAGAAUAAUUAACACGAAUCUACCAAUCAUGCAUAACAGAUUUCUUAUAAUAGUUUCAAUCGUGGAUGGUAGGAAGUGACUCCUCUCUGAACAACCUACAUAAUCAAUAUGUUAUCGAUAUUUACAAUGUAAGUCUCAACCAUUAUUGCAAACUAUGAGCCCGUUGACGAAGAACACUACCUAUCUGUUGAUUAUUCAAACAGAGUUAUACAUUUAUAAGAGUGUCUCCCAGAGAGGAAAAGCAUUCUUACAUAGUUAUAUGGAACUGCUCCAUUCAACUUCUACGUAGAGGUAUUCUGAAUACAUUCAAUCUCGGUUAGCAGAAACAAUGGCAUAAUUAUUUAUCGCUCUGAAUACAUAAACAGCUUGCAGGAAAAAUAAAACAAAACUACAUUGUUAGAUUAAAAAAAAACGUGCAUAUAACUUCUGCCCAUAUAAGCAUAACUACUGUCCCAUCUCUGCUCGAUUUUCUAUUCAUAUGGGACAGCUAUGCUUUUAUGAGCAGUAUUCUGUUCGAAAGUGCAAUUAGGAACGUACACAAUGUUACAAGCAGCUAUUGUUUAUAAAAAAACAUGCAACGUUUGAA